AUUUGAGAGUUUCAAGAUCAACAGCGAAGAUUUUGGGGCCCUUUUCGGUGGAAUCCAAAUCCUUGACGGCGCCCGAUGUCGCCGGUGGGCUACAGCCCCAGCAACACCAAGCCAGACGCGGCCACGGCUCCGCUGAGUAGGUCGCGACCCAGCGGCGAUGAUGCUACAGCGCCGGGGGACCUAUCGCGGCCGCGACCUAGGACACAUCGGCGGACCGCACCACAAGCGCAGCGGAAACCAUGCCCGCGCGCCCGGCCUCUUUAUUUUGGAACGUCCUCGCUCAUUGGGAAGCCCAAGCCGGUGCAGCGCGGGGCGGGCCCUGCGCUUGUGGGCGGCCUGUGGGCUCGUCAGGAAUCCAAUUCGCCCAGGGGCUUGGGGCAGUCGCUCCCCGUGGCCAAGUGGGCCCGCGCGCCGGCGUUCUUGUUUUCCGUAACUAAUGGCCCCCGCCCGCUUGUUGUCUCGGCCGGCAUGGCGACCAGGGCCGGCCGGCGCCUGAGCAGCCGACCUCGCGGGCACCCUCCCGCGGCAGCUAAGUUAGUUGCGCGCCGGCAGUGCGAGUUUUUCACUUUCGCGCGCCCCGAGGUAGUGGUCUGCCGCGCCUCGGCGUAG